AUGCCAACACCUUCCAAGCUCAAGAUCGAGUCAACAUCAUCCAAGGAACUAUCACCACCAAGCCGACUUCCCACUUGCUCUUCUGCCUCACUUGAGAUCGUGGGCAACACUCAAAAGGCUCGGGUCACCACAAAGAUGAUUCACAGCUCUAUUGCUUUCCCGAUUGGAAUUAUGGGAACCAUCAUCAAGAAGACCUGGCCUAGCCCUACUACUAUCCCUAAUAUAGCAUUUUCUCUCCCGCUUGGCAGUAUGGGCAAUGUCAUCAAAAAGCCUUUGGUUACUGCCAGUGACAUCCACGAAAUGUUCGUUUCCCCCCUUGGAAUCAUGUGGGCAAUCAUGAAGAAGGCGGCGAACUGA